AUGCUUGCCAUACUUGUCGGCGUGGCCAGUGCCGUGAUUGCCACUGGACUCACCAUCCUCGCGAUCUACGCAAGUGUACUCGCUAGCCACUUCUCUCUACCCACACCGGCUCUCGGACACAUUCUAUCGAUUUUACUACCGAUCUCCGCCUUGUUUGGCACCUAUUUCCCAGGGUACCUUAAAAAGCACUUCAUCGCACGCCAGCAACCAGCCGUCUUAUCCACCCUGAGCCUCCUUGACACCGUCCUCGUCACACUCGCAUCCACACUCCUACAGCCAAACUUGCUGUCGUGCGAGCUCGAGCACCGCUGGCGCACAAUGUUCCAGCAUCACAACGCAAACGCCAUCAGAGGCAUCCAAGAUGCUUUGGAGUGCUGUGGCCUGCGAACUCCCCUGGAUCAGCCCUGGCCUUUCCCAGACCAUCACGGAGCAGCGGCUUGCAAAACAAACUUUGGGAGGGAGAGGAGUUGUGAGGCGCUGUGGAGGGGCAAAGAGAAACAAGUUUUGGCAAUUUGGAUAGUGGUAGGGGCUUUAAGCUUGGCAACUAAGGCCAUGUUCGUGCUCUUGCAGAGGAACAGGCCCGGGUGGUUCCAAGACGAGAGUGCCAGACGUCGGGAGUACCCUCAGGGCAGAGUCAUCGAGCAUACCGACGAGCAAGUUAGUAGCGGAAGGUAUCUGGAUCAGCCGAGCGAGGAGACCCCCCUUCGCUCGGCUGAGACUGAUGUUGAGAAUGAGCAGACCCGCUGA